GUUCAACGUGUCACACUGUUGUCGUAUUGGCCAGUAAAACUGAUAUAAUUCUGUUUGUAGAGUGUUUGUAAUAUGGGAGACGCAUGUAACAGUAAGAAACCUGAUAACUGUUCAACAUCUAGUAAUAAGCUGUGACGUACAGCAUUAUUACUAAGUAAUAUAUUUUACCCUGCUUGCUGUAGGUAAUGUUAAUAUUUGGAAACGGUGUUUACAGUGGCUGAAUAUAACGGCGUCUUUUCCACUAUUUCACAUUACUCCGAGCACUGAGAAGGACAACUUUUUAGAGAUUCAAGAAGUGAGUGCACUGUUCUUGUGCGAGUCUCAGCAAGGAUGGGCGUCCAGAAUUCCUUCAUCCGUCAAGAAAACUCCAAAAAUAGCCUGGGGAUGGCGUUUUAGCCCCUGGAAAAAGACUUCACACACUGAGCAAUGGCUGCCGUUUUGCCAAUAACACAGCAGAUCUCCCGCUCCGCACCGCAAAGCAGCCCAACAGCAGCAGCUGAUCUCUGUCUCAGCGACGUCGAGGAGUGUUUAAUAUACGACCAACACGGAGCUUCUACAACUUUCAGGAGUUUAUUCCAAUGCAGCAAAGCUAUCAUUGUGUUUGUAAGGAAUUUCUUGUGCUACGCAUGUAAAGAAUAUGUUGAAGACCUGAGCAAGAUCCCACAGGAAGCAUUAAUGGAUGCUGACGUCAGACUGGUUGUCAUUGGACAGUCAUCGUUUUCUCAUAUAGAGGCAUUUUGCUCACUGACAGGCUAUCAGCAUGAAAUAUAUGUUGAUCACACAAGACACAUUUUUAAGAAACUUGGGAUGAGAAAAGGAGAAGAAUUCACGGAAACAGCCUCUAAGAGCCCACAUGUCAAAUCCAGCAUGCUCAUGGGCAGUUUGAAGAGCAUGUGGCGUGCCAUGACCAGCCCUGCCUUUGAUUUCCAAGGAGACCCUCUUCAGCAAGGAGGGGCAAUUAUUGUUGGUCCAGGCUCUGAUGUUCAUUUUGCACAUUUUGACAUGAAUCGAUUUGACCACAUGCCCAUCAACCAGUUGCUGCACCUGGCUGGAAUGCAGAUGAUAGACUUUAAUAGGCACCCCAGGAUUAUUGACAUCUGAGAAAGAAACAUUUCUUAGUUUAGCACUGAACUGUGUUUGUAAACAGGCUGUUAAACAGGAUUGCACUUGUUGUAGAGCAGUCUUUGUAAGGCUUAACAGCAUUAUUGUUGUUAGUUUAUUUGCGUCUUUACUUGGUUUUUAAUCACAUAAUCCACUGCCUAAGCUAUUCAGUAAAUCUGAUGCACUCUAUUCCACUGAAACUGUAAUAUCACCAGGCUUUUAUUUCACUAUUAGAGACUAAAACUGAAUCAAAUUCAGUUCAGCAAAUGCAACUUUACCUGUAUUUUAGUUCAUGUAACACUACUGAUUUUACUGUGUAUUCUAUAUUAAAUAUAGAAUGACUGAAGACAGCAACACUGAGAAUUUGAUGUACAUUUUAUUUACAAAAUAAUAUAUAAAACAAAACAACAAAAAAUGACAAAAAUGGAGAUAAAGUUUUCUCCCAACUGCAGUGACAAAUGUUUUUUCAUGUUAUUAGAUAGAUUUUUAUAUAAUACAUUGUAGUCUGUUAUUAUUAUUAUUAUUAUUAUUAUUAUUAUUAUUGUAUGUUGUCCUGCAAUAAUAAUGUUGUGACAAUAUAUAUGGUAAACCAUGAUAUGUUCUUUUUUUAAAAAUAAAUUAUUCAUGAAAUAUGA